CUUGAUCGAGGGGAGAGGGUUUAGGGAAAUAAGAGUCGGGCGAGAGGAUUGUGGGAAGGAACAGAAAGAGCUUCUCAACAUCAACAUCAGCGACAACCUCAGUCUAUAGCAGCCAGCUGAAGAAAGCGCCGACGAGACACUGCUCCACACUCCAUCCACCGGCUCCACGAGAGAGAGAGCGCGCGCGAGAGAGAGAGAGAGAGAGAGAGAGAGAGAGAGAGAGUAGUUUUCUCUGACAUUAUAGAGACUCCUACCUCCUCCUGUAGGUUACUUUUUUCUCCCCCUCCCGUGCGUCGUCCUCUGCUAAGUUGCGCUCCUGGAUUUUAAGUGCGUCUUGGUGAAAAGUCCACCAGCAUCACGCGCACGCAGCGGCUGCAGAUCUUCCUCCUGUCAAAAUCGGACGGGAACCCCCACCCCCCCGACCCGACCGACCCCCCAACCCGACCCACAAAACACAGCCGGCGCGCGGACCUGCUCGCUUGUUGUCGUCUUUCGACCUCCAGAACCCCGGCGGACACGGUUUUUCGUGCGCAAAGACCGACCGAACAAAAAGUACAGAUGCUGCAAUCUUUGAGUUGAUUGGAACAAAAAGAAAGCAGAGAAGAGACAGAUAAAGGACGAGCAGAAGAGUGAAGAGUAAAGAGAGAGAGAGAGAGAGAAGACGAGCAAAAAAAAAGAAGAAGAAAGGGCACGGGGAAGAAGAAGGCAAAGUUUUUUUCAGAAAGAGGAGAGAAAGAAAGAGACGGGGACGAUGGGGAGGAAAAAGAUUCAGAUCACGCGGAUUAUGGAUGAACGCAACAGACAGGUGACAUUCACAAAGCGAAAGUUUGGCCUGAUGAAGAAGGCGUACGAGCUGAGCGUGCUGUGUGACUGCGAGAUCGCCCUGAUCAUCUUCAAUAGCACCAACAAGCUGUUCCAGUACGCCAGCACAGACAUGGACAAAGUCCUGCUUAAAUACACCGAGUACAACGAGCCCCACGAGAGCAGGACCAACUCUGAUAUUGUGGAGACGUUGAGAAAGAAGGGCCUAAAUGGCUGCGACAGCCCAGACCCCGACGCAGACGACUCGGUCGGCCAUAGCCCCGAGUCCGAGGACAAGUACAGGAAAAUAAACGAGGACAUUGACCUGAUGAUCAGCAGACAGAGACUGUGUCAGGCCGUCCCCCCAUCAAACUACGACAUGCCCGUGUCCAUUCCUGUUAGCAACCAGAACAAUCUCAUCUACAGCCAUCCCGGAGGUUCCCUAGGCAACCACAACCUGUUGCCACUGGCGCACCACGGCCUACAGAGAAACAGCAUGUCUCCUGGAGUUACACACAGACCUCCCAGUGCAGGUGGCCUCAUGGGUGCUGACCUCACCACUGGCGCAGGCACCAGUGCUGGAAACGGGUAUGGAAACCACCGCAACUCGCCUGGUCUGCUGGUCUCUCCGGGUGGCAUGAACAAGAACAUGCAGCCAAAGUCUCCCCCACCGAUGAACCUCGGCAUGAACAACCGCAAGCCCGACCUACGCGUGCUCAUCCCUCCUGGCGCCAAGAACAACAUGCCCUCCAUUAACCAGAGAAUAAACAACUCGCAGUCGGCACAGUCACUCGCCACCCCAGUGGUAUCAGUAGCAACUCCCACUCUGCCAGGACAAGGCAUGGGCGGUUACCCAUCUGCCAUCUCUACAUCUUAUGGUACCGAGUAUUCCCUGAAUAGUGCAGAUCUGUCCUCCCUGUCUGGCUACAACAGUGGCAGCUCCCUUCACCUGGGCUCGAUGAGUGGCUGGCAACAGCAACACCUUCAGAACAUGCAGCAUUCAGCCCUCGGCCAGCUCGGAAAUUGCUCUAACUCUCACCUGUGUCAGGGUUCAAAUCUCUCGCUGCCCUCUGCUCAGAGCCUGCACAUCAAGUCGGAACCUGUUUCUCCUCCCAGAGAUCGCACCAACAGCACGUCGGGGGGCUACGGCGGCGGCGUGCCGCCUCCCCAGAACGCCUCGUCCCGCCAGGACUCGGGGCGCUCUCCCGUCGACAGCCUGAGCAGCUGUAGCAGCUCCCACGAGGGCAGCGACCGCGACGAGCACAGGAACGAGUUCCACUCGCCCCUGGGACUGGUCCGGCCCGCGCUGGACGAACGCGAGAGCCCGUCCAUCAAGCGGGUGCGCCUGUCAGAAGGAUGGGCAACAUGAUAGCACUGUCUUCUCCCCCCUCCUCCCCCCCCACGGUGCCCCAACAACGCAUCGUCACAGUGCCCCAAAGUCACUCACUCACUGCCCGACCCCACGGCCUCGCUCCUUUUAUCUCUUCAAUGCUGAAGGAAAGAAAAGGGAACACCCCUUUUCAUGAAUCUGUUUGUAAUUCUUUUUAUUUUUCAUUUUCCUUUUUUUUUCCGAGUGUGUGUGCGUGUGCGUGCGUGUGCGUGCGUGUGCUAUACAUAUUGACAUUAUAUAAUGCAGUGGGGGUGUUGUAAUGGGAGGGCGGGCGUUGAUCG